AUGUCACCUUCACCUUUCUCCCACGGUGAAAAAAAUAUCAUUGCAGAGAGAGUUGUCAUGUAUCCACAAAUUGAGUGCUUGAUUAUAUCCUCCAGAUUAUUUUUGCCAACAACCACGGUUCGCACCAAGAAGGAAAAAUUCCAUGCUUCCGGAUCCCGUAGUCGCGAAAAGGAGGAAAAAGCCCGUGAUUCUUCCGGAUCUAGUAGUCCACCCGACCCAGAGGUCGAUUUGGAAGUACCUGCUGGGUCUAUCCGCGAUGUACGUUCACUACCGUCUGAUCUAGAGUUUGAUUAUUGGCACCAGGUUAGAGAUGGGGCGGUAAUCACUAAUCCUGGAUCCAUCGUCCCUCUCCCUGAGCAUCUCCGCUCCGAAGGUGAAAACUUUUUAGGAAACAAAGGACCCGUGGCUUUUGCUUAUCUUCUCCCCGACGGGGUUUUGGUUGCUUUUAAUCAUAAACUUUCGGUUGAUGAUCCUGAGUGCGACCUUCAUAUUGUUGGUCCUCACACAUUUGUCACUAUUACUGGCGGAAAGGCUAUUGAAUGCCACAAGUUAAUGCAAGAUCUGCGUGCCAAGGCAGGACCGUCCUGCAUUGUAUCUUUGGACGGCAGACAGGCACUGAUAAUAGGUCAUGUAUUAGCCACCGGAUAUAGAUAUGAAAUGUUCUAUUCUGUUGUGGGAGUUAAUGAUCCUUUAGUAGGUAAGCCUUCAUUAGAGAAACGUCCUCGGGGCCAGACUCCGGGCAACCCAUCUGAAACUAAAUUCAUUUCUCUUCAGGGAGCCGCGAAUUGGGCCCUGAAAAGUUUAUGCCAGUUGGCAUGCAAUCUUCCCUACAGUGAAAAAUAUGCUAGUGGACGUGGUGGGGUGAUUCAGGUCACACGUAACAACCAAGUGAAAAAGGUUGCUUAUGUCUCCAAGUUGAUUGUCAACCAUGUGAGAACAAAGGAUUGGAUAUGCAUUGGCGGGAUUUUAAAACGUGGUUACACAGACGAUGACAAAGAUUAUGACGAUGACAGUCCUGAUGAAGAGGUCUGA